GGUUUACUUUAACAUAAGAUUACUUUUCAUCAGCUUUUCAUAAUUUUGAGGUUUGGACACUCAUUUGGGGUCAUUUCUCAACCAAACCAAACUAUCGAUUAAUCCAUAAUGAAAGCAGUCAUGAGCUGCAGUCCUCUGCAAAGUAGCUCAUUAGUUUGAUACUUAAAGGACAUUUAUCUAAUUACUAGUUGAUACAGUCGGUGCAGGACUCUGACCCGUCUACUGAGUACUCCCUGCUGAAAUGCAGUUGAUGAGAAACCUGUGUGGCUUUGACAGCUUGUUCACAAGAGCACAAAUAAAGUGAAGUAAACGUUGUGUGGCGCUGUCAUCACGCUGGUCCCUGCUGCGCCACCGACAUCUCGCCUGCACUUGAAUGUUUGAGAGGCAAAGAAAGUGCCCCACCAACACCCAGCCGACAGACAGACAGUCACAACAGGUCCUUCUGGUGCGGCUGAGACAAAAUGUGGCUUCGAGAGGAACUUUUGAAAUCCAUAUGGCACGCAUUCACAGCACUGGACGUGGACCAACGUGGGAAAGUUUCCAAAUCUCAGUUAAAGGUGCGUUCACUUCUGCUUUCUGUGGUGUUGAGAAGUUCAGUCGCCAUCACCAGGAACACACACUCAGACUACCUACCGGCGUGUCGAACGGUGCUGUCUCACAGCCUGUGCACAGUGAUGAAGAUCCCUCAUGACCCUGUGGCCCUUGAAGAGCAUUUCAAAGAUGACGAUAAAGGGCCUCUGUCUGACCAGGGCUACAUGCCGUACCUCAACAGGUUCAUUCUUGACAAGGUACGGGAGGAGUUUGAUGUGCUGGAGUUCAACAAGAUGUGCUGGACUCUGUGUUACAAGAAGAAUAUCUGCACUAAACAUCUACUCAUCUCAGAUGACGAUGCGUUCAAAGUCUGGUGCAUUUUCAACUUUCUGUCGGAAGAAAAAUACCCACUCGUCAUCAUUACUGAAGAGAUUGAGUAUUUCCUGCAUAAGCUGCUGGAAGCCAUGGGAAGCGGAUGGAGUGAGGAUAAGUUUUCAGAUUACAAGCUGCAGCUGAGCAAAAAGAAGAACUGCCUGACAGCCUGGGAGCUGAUUGAACUGGUGGGGAUGGGUUACUUCAGCAAGGGCUUGAACCGCCAGACCCUGUCUAUGGGCAUCACAGAGGUCUUUCAGGAACUCAUACUGGAUGUGCUCAAGCAGGGCUACAUGAUGAAAAAAGGCCACAAAAGGAAGAACUGGACCGAGCGCUGGUUUGUCCUUCGACCCAACUCAGUGUCAUACUACGUCUGUGAGGAUCUUGUGGAGAAGAAAGGAGACAUCAUUCUGGACCGGAGUUGCUGUGUGGAGUCUCUGCCUGACAAAGAAGGAAAGAAAUGCUUGUUUAUCAUCAAGUGCACUGAUAAAAGCUUUGAGAUCAGUGCAUCAGAUAAAAAGAAGAGGCAGGAAUGGAUUCAAGCUAUUCAAACAUGCAUCCAGCUGCUGAGGUUGGGGCUGCUGUCACCACACCGCGAGUCUCGACUGAGGCGCAGGGAGCUCCGGCAGAGGCAGCAGGUGGAGGAGGAGGACCUGGCAGUGAGGAUGAAGCAGCUCCAGUUGGCCAAUGACAACAAACAGAGACAGCUGGAGGCUAUGAGAAGGAAAAUGGAGGAGGCUGCGGCGAGAGGAGCGAUAGAAGAACAGAGGAGGAAGAAGACUCAGGAGGACCUGCAGGAUCGCUACAGACUGGACCUGGAGAGAGAGAAAAUGGUGCGUCAGCAGAUGGAGGAGCAGAUGGCUCAGAAGUCCAGUGAACUGGAGCUGUACCUGCAGCGCGUCCGGGAGCUGGAGGACAUGUACCACCGGCUGGAGGAGGCCUUAGAGGACGAGAGGCAGGCCAAACAGGAUGAGGAGGCCAUGCGCAAGCUGCAGGCCAGGCUGCUGGAGGAGGAGGCAGCCAAGAGGGCAGAGCUGGAGCAUAUCCACCUGCAGCAGCAGAGGGCGCUGUCCCAGACCGAGGCCGAGAAGCAGGAACUGAUGGCCGAGCGUCUGGCCAAGGAGAGAGACCUUCAGGCAGCCAUGCAGCAGCUGGAUCGACUGGAGAGGGAGCGUCACGGAGCGCUGGAGCAGUACGAGGAGGUGUCCAGGAAGCUUGAACGAGCAGCGAACAAGACAAAGACUUGGAAGGACAAGGUGGCCAAACAUGAGGGGCUGGUGCGUCUCAUCCAGCCAGGUAACAAGGAACCUCAGAGGAUCACCAACUGGGGUCCGGCUUCAUUCACCGACGCCGAGCUGGAUCUGAGGAAGAAGGUGUGGCAGGAGAGGAAGAACCAGGGUGCUCAGGCUCAGUGAACAGAUGGAUCACACGCUGAUGAGGAAGACGCUGAUUGUAAUUAAUGUCAGAGCCCAAACUGCUACAUUCAGAGGCUGAAGAGGUCGGAUAACAUGAACUCACUGAGCCACAGGAAACAGUUUUACUGAUUAAACUGAUUAUUUUUUACAGGUGAGAUAGACUGCAUGUCAUCAGUUUCUACAAUAACAAAAUGUAAAGGACUAAACACUUUUUUUCUGAAUUUUAAAAAGUAGUUUGACAAAGUAAUCUUGAGUAAAGUUCUGCUUUAUAGCAUUUUUGUUGGCUUCUGAUCUUCAGCAGCAGAACCAGUUUACUGAAGAGCUGAGCUGACAAUCAAACAUGUGGUUAAGAGCACCUUUAAAAUAUCCAGUUAGUGGACCUUGAGUUGAGACUGUGGUUGUAGUUUAACUACUUUGCAUUUUUUUUCAUGUUUUUUUUUUUUUUUUUUU